CGGUAUUUAAUAAUUGUGAGUGAAACACUUUAAGGUUUACCAGCGCUUGUUGUUUGUGAUAAUUUUCUGUGAAAAUAAGUGAGCUUUGAAAUAUAUAUAUAAGGAAAAAUCUAUUUAAAGCAAAUAAGCAAACUAUAUUGAGAAUUACUGCAGAGGAGAACCACUAUUUUUUUUAUUGAAAAACUAAUUUCUUUGUGAAAAAGAAGGUUAAGCACCCUUUCCAAAAUGCAAAUCUUCGUGAAGACCUUGACUGGCAAGACCAUCACUCUGGAGGUUGAACCAUCCGAUACUAUUGAAAAUGUUAAAGCUAAGAUUCAAGACAAAGAAGGAAUCCCCCCAGAUCAACAACGUUUAAUCUUUGCCGGUAAACAACUGGAAGACGGACGCACUCUGUCCGAUUACAACAUCCAGAAGGAGUCUACACUUCAUUUGGUUCUUCGUCUACGUGGUGGCAUGCAGAUUUUCGUCAAAACUUUGACGGGAAAAACCAUCACUUUGGAGGUUGAGCCUUCCGAUACCAUUGAGAAUGUCAAAGCUAAAAUUCAAGAUAAGGAAGGAAUCCCCCCAGAUCAACAACGUUUGAUUUUCGCUGGCAAACAGUUGGAGGAUGGACGCACACUGUCCGACUAUAAUAUUCAGAAGGAAUCCACUCUACAUUUAGUUCUACGCUUACGUGGUGGUAUGCAAAUCUUCGUUAAAACUUUGACGGGUAAAACAAUUACUCUGGAGGUUGAACCUUCCGAUACAAUUGAAAACGUUAAAGCAAAAAUUCAGGACAAGGAGGGUAUUCCUCCAGAUCAACAACGUUUAAUCUUCGCCGGUAAGCAAUUGGAAGACGGACGUACCUUGUCCGACUACAACAUCCAGAAGGAGUCUACUCUUCACUUGGUAUUGCGUCUCCGUGGUGGAAUGCAAAUCUUCGUGAAGACCCUCACUGGCAAAACCAUUACCUUGGAAGUUGAGCCAUCUGACACCAUUGAGAACGUUAAGGCCAAGAUCCAAGAUAAGGAGGGUAUUCCUCCAGAUCAACAACGUUUGAUCUUCGCCGGCAAGCAAUUGGAGGACGGACGCACAUUGUCCGACUACAACAUCCAGAAGGAGUCUACUCUUCACUUGGUAUUGCGUCUCCGUGGUGGAAUGCAAAUCUUCGUGAAGACCCUCACUGGCAAAACCAUUACCUUGGAAGUUGAACCUUCAGAUACCAUUGAGAACGUUAAGGCUAAGAUCCAAGAUAAGGAAGGCAUUCCCCCAGAUCAACAACGAUUGAUCUUCGCCGGUAAGCAAUUAGAGGACGGACGUACCUUGUCCGAUUACAACAUCCAAAAAGAGUCUACUCUUCACUUGGUAUUGCGUCUCCGUGGUGGAAUGCAAAUCUUCGUGAAGACCCUCACUGGCAAAACCAUCACCUUGGAAGUUGAGCCAUCUGACACCAUUGAGAACGUUAAGGCCAAGAUCCAAGAUAAGGAGGGUAUUCCUCCAGAUCAACAACGUUUGAUCUUCGCCGGCAAGCAAUUGGAGGACGGACGCACAUUGUCCGACUACAACAUCCAGAAGGAGUCUACUCUUCACUUGGUAUUGCGUCUCCGUGGUGGAAUGCAAAUCUUCGUGAAGACCCUCACCGGCAAAACCAUCACCUUGGAAGUUGAGCCAUCUGACACCAUUGAGAACGUUAAGGCCAAGAUCCAAGAUAAGGAGGGUAUUCCUCCAGAUCAACAACGUUUGAUCUUCGCCGGUAAGCAAUUGGAGGACGGACGCACCUUGUCCGAUUAUAAUAUCCAAAAGGAAUCAACCCUCCACUUGGUAUUGCGACUCCGUGGUGGUAUGCAAAUCUUCGUGAAGACUCUCACCGGCAAAACAAUCACCUUGGAAGUUGAGCCUUCGGAUACCAUUGAGAAUGUCAAAGCCAAAAUCCAAGAUAAGGAGGGAAUCCCACCAGAUCAACAACGUUUGAUCUUCGCCGGCAAGCAGUUGGAGGACGGACGCACAUUGUCCGAUUACAACAUCCAAAAAGAGUCUACUCUUCACUUGGUAUUGCGUCUCCGUGGUGGUAUGCAAAUCUUCGUGAAGACCCUCACCGGCAAAACCAUCACCUUGGAAGUUGAACCUUCAGAUACCAUUGAGAACGUUAAGGCCAAGAUCCAAGAUAAGGAGGGUAUUCCUCCAGAUCAACAACGUUUGAUCUUCGCCGGUAAGCAAUUGGAGGACGGACGCACCUUGUCCGAUUAUAAUAUCCAAAAGGAAUCAACCCUCCACUUGGUAUUGCGACUCCGUGGUGGUAUGCAAAUCUUCGUGAAGACUCUCACCGGCAAAACAAUCACCUUGGAAGUUGAGCCUUCGGAUACCAUUGAGAAUGUCAAAGCCAAAAUCCAAGAUAAGGAGGGAAUCCCACCAGAUCAACAACGUUUGAUCUUCGCCGGCAAGCAACUUGAGGAUGGACGUACUUUGUCCGACUACAAUAUACAGAAGGAAUCGACACUCCAUUUGGUGCUACGUCUUCGCGGAGGCGCAUUCUAAAUUUAAAUAGAAAAUCGCCAAAUUCAAAAUUCAAGAGUAUUCAAUGUAUCUCGUUAAUUUAGCUCUAUUUUGUAAUUUAACGCUUUUUACAUCAGUUCUGAUUAAAAAUUGAAAUAUACCGUUUUUAUGUUUAAAAGAAAAUAAAUUAUCUGAUGCACUAUUUCAAGAAAA